UUUGCCAAUGUCUACUUUGUUUUCAUCGCUUUGCUGAAUUUCGUUCCAGUUGUCAAUGCCUUCCAGCCAGAACUAGCUCUGGCUCCUGUAGUUUUCAUUUGUCUGUCACUUGCCAUCAAAGACUUAUGGGAGACUACAGAAGACACAGGUCGGACACCGAGAAUCAAUCACAUGGACUGUCUGGUGUACAGCAGAGCGGACAGACGAUAUGUGGAGAGGUACUGGAAGGAGGUGCGGGUGGGAGACUUCAUCAGGCUGCGAUGUAACGAGAUCCUCCCCGCCGAUGUUCUGCUGCUGAGCUCCAGUGACCCCGACCGGCUGUGCCACAUCGAGACCGCCACACUGGACGGAGAGACCAACCUCAAGCAGAGACAGGUCGUCCGCAGCUUCUUUGACCUGGAUUGUGAUUUUGACCCCUUAAAGUACAACGGCAUAAUUGAAUGUGAGAAGCCCAACAACGACCUGAACAGAUUCCGAGGCUACAUAAUCCAUCGAAGUGGCCGAAGAGAUGCACUUUACAAAGAAAACCUGCUGCUGAGAGGCUGCACCAUCCGCAACACCGAAGAGGCUGUGGGAAUAGUCAUUUACGCAGGUCACGAGACCAAAGCCAUGCUAAACAACAACGGCCCGCGCUACAAGCGCAGUAAACUGGAGCGACAGAUGAAUGUAGAUGUGUUCUGGUGUGUCAUCAUCCUGCUGGUCAUGUGCCUGUUUACUGCUGUUGGUCAUGGGCUGUGGAUGUUUCAGUACGGAGAUAAGAGACCUGUGUUUGACGUUCUUAGUCCAGAGGGGACAGACUUAUCACCCAUCAUGUCAGCCAUUUAUCUCUUCCUUACCAUGAUCAUCGUCUUUCAGGUGCUGAUACCUAUCUCCCUUUUUGUGUCGAUUGAAAUUGUCAAGAUCUGCCAAGUGUACUUCAUCCAUCAGGACAUGGAUCUGUACGACGAGGAGACGGACUCUCACCUGCAGUGCAGAGCUCUAAAUAUCACCGAGGAUCUCGGCCAGAUGCAAUACAUCUUCUCUGACAAGACGGGCACGUUGACGGAGAACAAGAUGGUGUUUCGCCGCUGCACUGUGGCAGGGGUGGAGUACUCCCAUGAUGCCAAUGCUAGAAGACUGGCUAUGUACCAGGAGAUGGAUUCUGAGGAGGAAGACUGUACGUCUCACGGUGGCACCCUGCCCAGGCGGGACAGUGUGACCAGCCACCAGAGCGCCCGGGUGGUCCUGCGCACCAGAGCCCAAGUCCACCGCAGGACGGGGAGCAGGGCGGAGGCCAAGCGAGCCAGCAUCCUGUCUAAGCACACGGCUUUCAGCAGCCCCAUGGAGAAAGAUAUCACCCCUGACCCUCAGCUUCUAGACAAAGUCAAUGAAUGCAGCAGUCAGAUGGACUUCAUGCGCUUCCACAGCCAGCCCAUGUCCCAGCUACCCUCUGACCUCGCUGACAUCAUUGAUUUCUUCAUUGCUCUCACCAUCUGCAACACGGUGGUGGUGUCUUCUCACCAGCCCAGGCAGAAGGUCCGGAUGAGGUUUGAGCUGAAGUCCCCAGUUAAGACUAUCGAAGACUUCAUUAAGCGCUUCACCCCGAGCCGACUGACCUCAGGCUCCAACAGUAGCAGCUCCUCCAGCCUCAUCACCAACCGCUCCUCCAACAGGGGCUGCUCCAGCUUGCUGUCCUCCCCCUCUGCAGAGAGCACGCUCACCAAACUGGACGAGGAGCAGCCUCCCCGAGGCCCGGAGCAUUCCUUCGGCCCCGUCCCACCCUGCUACAACGGGAAGGUGUGGAACCCGGAGGACGGAGAACUGCGCUACGAGGCGGAGUCGCCUGAUGAGGCUGCGCUGGUCUACGCCGCCAGGGCCUACAAGUGCUCCCUCGUCGGACGCCUCCCAGACCAGGUGACCGUGGAACUGCCACACCUGGGGAAGUUGAGCUUUGAGCUGCUGCACACACUGGGCUUUGACUCCACCAGGAAACGCAUGUCUGUGGUGGUGAGACACCCUCUGACGGAUCAGAUCACGGUCUACACUAAAGGAGCAGACUCUGCCAUCAUGGACCUCAUCAAACCCCCGACACAG